AUGAAGUUCAGCACCAUCCUCCUCGUUCUUGCCCCUCUUGUCUCCGCAGCUGCUUCGAAAGAGGCCGCUGCUGGCCUCCCCGACCUUGCCUCGGCCAGUGAGCAGGGCCACGAUCUCUCAUCUCACGGCGAGGGACUUCAGCUAGCUGCUAAGGUCUGCCCAGCCAAGUUCCCCCGAAAGUGCUCCCUCGGAAACUUCUGCUGCCGAACCCUGAAGUGCUGCAGCGAGACAAUAAGACAUAAACAUGCAUGA